CCCCUUUCAGACUAGAAGAUGAAUAAUCUUUCCUUUAGUGAACUGUGUUGCCUGUUCUGUUGUCCGCCAUGCCCAGGGAAAAUUGCCUCCAAACUGGCAUUCUUACCUCCUGAUCCCACGUACACACUGAUGUGUGAUGAGAGUGGUAGUCGAUGGACUUUACAUCUCUCAGAGCGAGCAGACUGGCAAUAUUCUUCUAGAGAAAAAGAUGCCAUUGAGUGCUUCAUGACUAGAACAAGUAAAGGUAACAGGAUUGCCUGUAUGUUUGUGCGUUGCUCGCCUAACGCCAAGUAUACUUUGCUCUUCUCACAUGGAAAUGCUGUUGACCUAGGUCAGAUGAGCAGCUUUUACAUAGGACUGGGUUCACGGAUUAAUUGCAACAUAUUCUCAUAUGAUUAUUCUGGAUAUGGUGCAAGUUCUGGGAAGCCAACAGAGAAGAAUUUGUAUGCUGACAUUGAUGCUGCUUGGGUGGCUCUUAGGACAAGGUAUGGAAUCCGCCCUGAAAAUGUGAUUAUAUAUGGGCAGAGUAUAGGAACAGUACCAUCUGUGGAUCUUGCUGCUAGGUAUGAAAGUGCUGCUGUAAUUCUUCAUUCUCCACUGACCUCAGGAAUGCGAGUGGCUUUUCCUGAUACAAAGAAGACCUAUUGCUUUGAUGCAUUCCCAAACAUUGACAAGAUUUCUAAAAUAACAUCUCCUGUGUUAAUAAUCCAUGGGACUGAAGAUGAAGUAAUUGACUUUUCACAUGGCCUAGCAUUAUUUGAGCGUUGCCAGAGACCUGUAGAACCACUGUGGGUAGAAGGAGCAGGCCAUAAUGAUGUGGAACUCUAUGGACAGUACCUUGAAAGAUUAAAACAGUUUGUGUCACAGGAACUGGUGAACUUGUAAUUUUCUUUGUAUAUUUACCUGCUUUUUCAUUUCACUGCAGAACUGUACACCUUGUUAAAUACAUAACAAAACCAGAAAGUUGUGUUUUCAAAUCAUCUUUGUUGCCUUCAUUAAAUGUACAGGUAAUGAUUUGUCAACAUAAUUAAUGAAGGUUUUAAUGCCAGUAUUAUAAACUGGAAUUACAUGAUCAUGCAGUCAAGACUGGCAGUUCAUUUUGCUUUGUGUGAGGAUUUUUCUUCUUGGAUGUCAGGAAAAAAAAGUCACAAGGAGUACUGUAUGAAAUUUUAAUUAUAUAUAAUCGAAUGCUGUAAAAGUGUUGCCAAAUGUUUUAGUAUAUUGAGACCAAGUUAAUAAAUAUUUUUAAACAUCUUAAUGUACUGUGACUUACUGUUGCACAGGUGUAAAUUAAAAAACAGACUUCUAAGCAGUUGUUCUGUAAAAAUAUAAUAGCCAUGAAAUUUGGUCAAAUACUAAUGUAUGUACUGAGAAUAGACAGUCACUGGAAAUGAACCAUGCCCUGUUAUAGGGGGAGGGGUCAAAAUUGAUCUAUUUCUGUAUUUUUUGUGCUUAGCUUUAUUUUAGUUGUUUCGUUAUUGUGUUGUCUCUUACCUUUCAGGUUAAACAAAUUUACUCAGUCAUCUUUUCAGCAGUCCUAAUCUUGCCAAAAUAAUUCUGCAAGCUGUCAUUGUUGUAACAGAAAUACACUUCACAUGGUGGUACUGAGGCUACUAAGCACUUCACUGAAACCAGGAAGACUUUUAGAACCCAGAAAGCUUUGUGGACAACACGAUUUUAAACACUGACUAUAUAGAGAUGCAGUAUUUCAUUGGAAAGAAUCUGGAAGUUCAUCCAACUGUUACAAACAAUUUGCUUCUGAUCAGGCUUACUUUUGGAUGUUUAGUGCAAAAGCUUGUUGGGUUUUGAGUAUUGUAUGGAAAUUUUACUAAUCACACCUGAGUGGGGUGGGGGAAGGGUCAAGUAAAUAAUGUUGACAUUUUUUUAUGAACUCAUGGUGAAAUAAACUCCAAGUUGCCUUUCCCUUGAACGUGUUUUGCUUGAAUAAAACUAUGAAAAAAGAAACUUCUUAUAUGUAACCUAUUUGUAAACAAAGUAAUAGUCCAACAAGACACACUCUGCUUCUAAUUUUAAGGCCUUAUGUAGUUAAAUUGUUCUAUGUGUUUUCUGUGAUUGAGACCUAUUGUAUACUUAAAUAUAACUUAAAAUAUUGUGAAAACUUUGGUUAAGAUGUGUUGAUUACCAGUAAAAAAAUGUUCCA